AUGGUGCGCCGGGUAAAGGCGGCGACUGCUUGGAGUCUGGAAGUGGAGGACCGGCUGUUCCCCGCAGGAGAUAGCUACCCGUUGGCCGGACCCAUGUUCUUAUCGACCCGGUGUUAUCGGGUGUCUUGGUCCCGUAAAGUGCGCCGGUUGCGCUCUGGAUACUCCGUAUGGAGAGGUUCAAGUUUUCCGAGGGAAGAAAGCAUUACGACCACAAAUCAGACACGGACGAAAGGCCGUUGGGAAAAGACGAGCAUCUCGCAUCUUAAGGUGUAUCUCGUAGGGUAUACGUUAUUAAGUGUGUCUUUUCCAGCAAGCUGGCGAACCAGUGUUCCACUCGAAAGAGUUGAGUUCACAUUGGGGCUCAAGCUGCAAAGGGGCGAUCAAAGUCCGACGAGACCUUAUCCAUGUCAGCAGAUACAUGAACUAUUCUGCAACCAUUCUGCCGCUGGCAUCACACUACUGCGGUACGUGAAGAUGAGGGGCUGGUGA